AUGGAUCAAAUUUCACAACAGCAGACAAAAAUCAUUUCUCUACAGGAGGAGCUUAAUGAGAUGAGGUCAAAGGUCACAGACACUGGUGAUGAUGAGAACAUGAACACAGAGCCUCUCAGGAUUGUCCUGAUAGGAAAGACUGGCUGUGGAAAGAGCUCAUCAGGAAACACAAUUCUAGGAAGGGAAGAGUUUAAAGCUGAAUCAGCCCAAACUUCAGUAACUACAUACUGUCAGAAAGCAAAGGGUGAGGUGGACGGUCGUCCUGUUGUUGUGGUCGACACUCCUGGUCUCUUUGACACAACUCUGUCAAAUGAAGACGUUUAUGAGGAGUUGAUGAAAUGUGUCAGUCUUCUGGCUCCAGGACCACAUGUCUUCCUGCUGGUGAUACAGAUCGGCAGGUUUACAGCAGAGGAGAAGGAGACGCUGAAACUGAUCAAGAAAUUCUUUGGGAAGAAUUCAGAAAACUUCACCAACAUUCUUUUAACCAAAGGAGACGAUCUGAAAGCUAAAGAGACCAUUGAUGAGUACAUUGAUAAAAAAUGUGAUAAUUCCUUCAAGAAGCUGAUCUCUGACUGUGGAGGAAGAUACCAUGUGUUCAACAACCGCGAGGAACAAAACCGCACACAAGUCAGCGAGCUGAUAACGAAGAUUGACACCAUGGUGAAGAAAAAUGGUGGCGACUACUACACCAAUGAGAUGCUGCAAGAGGCUGAAACUGCGAUACAGAAAGAAAUGCAGAGGAUCCUGAAGGAGAAGGAAGAAGAGAUGCAGAGAGAAAGAGAAGAACUUGAAAGGAAACAUCAGGAAGAAAAGAAGAGCCUGGAGUGGAAGAAAGAACGAGAAGCUCUGGAGAAAAAAAUCAAGUCAGAAUCAAAGGAAAAGGAAAUCACUGACAGAAAACUGGAGAAGGUUAAAAGAGAGAUGGAAGAAAAACGAGAGAUUUGGGAGAAGGAAAGAAAAGUGCAGUUGGAAAAACAGCAUCAAGAAGAUGAACUGAGACGUCAGAAGGAGAGAGAGAAACUGAAGAAGCUUCAAGAAGAGUACGAACAGGAAAGAGAAAAAUAUGAAAACAAAAGAAAAGAAGAAGAUCGACUCAAAAGAGAACAAGAAGAGAAGGAGCGAAAAGAAUUAGAGGAAAACUACAAGAAAGAAAUGGGGAACAUGAAAACGAUUUAUGAAGAGAAGGCCAGAAAACAAGCUGAAGAGUUCAAUGAGUUCAGAGAAAAAUAUAAUAAAGAACUCAAAACUCUGAUGUUAAAACACGAUGAGGAGCUGGAAGCUCUGAAGCAACAGCAUGAAACAGAAAUGCAACAGAAACAGGACGAACACAGCAAAGAGUACAAGACAUUAAAAGACCAAGAAAAGGAAAAAGAAGAGGAAAUCAAAACUCUGACAUUAAAACAUGAUGAGGAGCUGAAAGCUCUGAAGCAACAGCAUAAAACAGAAAUGCAACAGAAACAGGAUGAACACAGCAAAGAGUACAAGACAUUAGAAGACCAAGAAAAGAAAAAAGAAGAGGAAAUCAAAACUCUGACAUUAAAACAUGAUGAGGAGCUGGAAGGUCUGAAGCAUAAGCAUGAAACAGAAAUGCAACAGAAACAGGACGAACACAGCAAAGAGUACAAGACAUUAGAAGACCAAGAAAAGAAAAAAGAAGAGGAAAUCAAAACUCUGACAUUAAAACAUGAUGAGGAGCUGGAAGGUCUGAAGCAUAAGCAUGAAACAGAAAUGCAACAGAAACAGGACGAACACAGCAAAGAAAUAGAAAUAUGGAAACCUCAGGAGGCAGUGAUGGAGGAAUCACUCAGGUGUAUCUCCCUCUGUGAUCCUGAGGGUGUCCAUGCCUUCAUCCUGGUCCUACCUGUGGCUCCCCUCACGGAUGAAGACAAGAGAGAGUUAAAGACCAUCCAGGACACAUUCAGCUCUCGAGUCAAUGACUUCACCAUGAUUCUGUUCACUGUGGACUCAGAUCCUACAGAUCCAGCUGUUGGUAAAUUUAUAAAGGGAAACAAGAACAUCCAAGAGCUCUGUGAGAGCUGGGUCUCGGUUUCUUGUGAGCCUUCGCCACCUGAACCUUAG